CUACAUGUGACGUCACGCUGUAGUAUUUAUAGCCCUCACCAACUCUCGCUACACACACACACACAACGCGAAGGAAGAGUACAGACGUUUUUGUAAUCCUCAUCGUUAAAUCCUCACACGUUUAGUGCGCCAUGGCCAGAACCAAGCAGACCGCCCGUAAGUCCACCGGAGGAAAGGCGCCAAGGAAGCAGCUCGCCACCAAGGCUGCGAGAAAGAGCGCGCCGUCCACCGGGGGCGUCAAGAAGCCUCACCGUUACAGGCCGGGUACCGUGGCUCUCAGGGAGAUCCGUCGCUACCAGAAGUCCACUGAGCUGCUGAUCCGCAAGCUGCCCUUCCAGCGGCUGGUCAGGGAGAUCGCCCAGGACUUCAAGACCGACCUUCGUUUCCAGAGCGCCGCCAUCGGCGCCCUUCAGGAGGCCAGCGAAGCCUACCUGGUUGGUCUGUUUGAGGACACCAACCUGUGCGCCAUCCACGCCAAGCGGGUCACUAUCAUGCCCAAGGACAUCCAGCUGGCCCGCAGGAUAAGAGGCGAGCGUGCCUAGAGGAGAUUCCCCCGGGCCGACCAGCGACCCUAUUUAUCCCACUUCCAACCUAUUGUGGACAUUUAUCAUCAGAAUUUAUUUUUUAUUUUAGAACGACACCAAAUGCAUCCGUCGUUCCACAAACCGGAACUCGGAGCAAAGUGGUGUUGGUGGGGGUGGAGUUGCUCCUGUUCUGGGGAUUCGGUGGUGCAUUAUAACCAUACAUUCUUUACCCCCUCGCCCUCCACGGCUGGCUGUUGGUUGAGCCAUCAGACGGGGGACUUUCCCGAAGGCGGACAUGACUUCUUCUUUACAUCUUCCAUGAAGGGCGGCCCCCUCUUAUCGGUCUACUUCCUCCACCAGCCUGUUUCGAUGUAGCGUUCGGUUAUUGUUAACAGUUCACUGUACACCACGCUCCCCAGCGGAGACAACCCGCCUGUAUUUUUCUUGACGGCUUUUUACAUGUUAUUUUUCCAACAUAAAAAUCUUGGCAGCUACAUUUAAUACUAUUUAUGAAGUGGUGUCACAUGUCUUUCUAGUAAAGUUCUUUACGAGUACAA